GGCAGUCUUCGCGUGGACCGAGCGCUCUGCUUCCGGGGCGCCGGUGACGCGGCGGCUGCGACCCCUUCCUCAGGCGAGCAUCAGACGGCGGAGCCUGAGACGUCUCUGCAUCUUCGCCUCCGCCGCGGCCUAGUCCCUUCCCUUCCUAGCCUUGGUCGUCAUCGCCGCCAUGAACAAGAAGAAGAAGCCGUUCCUGGGCAUGCCCGCGCCUCUCGGCUACGUGCCAGGGCUGGGCCGGGGAGCCACCGGCUUUACCACUCGGUCAGACAUCGGGCCUGCCCGGGAUGCAAAUGACCCUGUGGAUGAUCGCCAUGCGCCGCCAGGCAAGAGAACCGUCGGGGACCAGAUGAAGAAAAACCAGGCUGCUGACGAUGAUGAUGAGGAUCUGAAUGACACCAACUAUGAUGAGGUAACUUGUAUUGGGCUCCUAUGGCUCCUCUACUUUGUUCAGAAUGGACAUUCACUAUUUCUAAUGUAUGCACAUGUUUUAUUUCCUAGGGAGCAAAGGGAGAAAGAAGAAAUUGAGAAAUACCGUAUGGAACGCCCCAAAAUCCAACAGCAAUUCUCAGAUCUAAAAAGGAAGUUGGCGGAAGUCACAGAAGAAGAGUGGCUGAGCAUCCCUGAGGUUGGCGAUGCCAGAAACAAACGCCAGAGAAACCCACGCUAUGAGAAGCUGACCCCUGUUCCCGACAGUUUCUUUGCCAAACACUUACAGACUGGAGAGAAUCAUACUUCAGUGGAUCCGCGGCAAACUCAAUUUGGAGGUCUUAAUACACCCUAUCCAGGUGGGCUGAAUACUCCCUACCCAGGUGGAAUGACACCAGGAUUGAUGACACCUGGUACAGGUGAGCUGGACAUGAGGAAGAUUGGCCAAGCGAGGAACACCCUGAUGGACAUGAGGCUGAGCCAGGUGUCUGACUCGGUGAGUGGACAGACUGUCGUUGACCCCAAAGGCUACCUCACGGAUUUAAAUUCUAUGAUCCCAACCCAUGGAGGGGAUAUCAAUGAUAUCAAGAAGGCAAGACUGCUCCUCAAGUCUGUUCGAGAGACAAACCCUCAUCACCCGCCAGCUUGGAUUGCAUCAGCCCGCCUGGAAGAAGUCACCGGGAAGCUACAAGUAGCUCGGAACCUUAUUAUGAAGGGGACGGAGAUGUGCCCCAAGAGUGAAGAUGUCUGGCUAGAAGCAGCCAGGUUGCAGCCCGGGGAUACAGCCAAGGCCGUGGUGGCCCAAGCUGUCCGUCAUCUUCCACAGUCUGUUAGGAUUUACAUUCGAGCAGCAGAGCUGGAAACAGACAUUCGAGCAAAGAAGCGGGUUCUUCGGAAAGCUCUUGAGCAUGUUCCAAACUCAGUUCGCUUGUGGAAAGCAGCUGUUGAGCUGGAAGAGCCUGAAGAUGCCAGGAUCAUGCUCAGCCGAGCUGUGGAGUGCUGCCCUACCAGCGUGGAGCUCUGGCUUGCUCUGGCGAGGCUGGAGACCUAUGAAAAUGCCCGCAAAGUCUUAAACAAAGCGCGUGAGAACAUUCCUACAGACCGGCACAUCUGGAUCACGGCUGCCAAGCUGGAGGAGGCCAAUGGGAACACACAGAUGGUGGAAAAGAUCAUUGACCGAGCCAUCACCUCGCUGCGGGCCAACGGCGUGGAGAUCAACCGCGAGCAGUGGAUUCAGGAUGCCGAGGAAUGUGACAGGGCGGGGAGCGUAGCUACCUGCCAGGCGGUCAUGCGCGCUGUGAUUGGCAUUGGGAUUGAAGAGGAGGACCGGAAGCACACCUGGAUGGAAGAUGCUGACAGUUGUGUGGCCCACAAUGCCCUGGAGUGUGCACGAGCCAUCUACGCCUACGCCCUGCAAGUGUUCCCCAGCAAGAAGAGCGUGUGGCUGCGAGCUGCGUACUUCGAGAAGAACCAUGGCACCAGGGAGUCCCUGGAAGCGCUCCUGCAGAGAGCCGUGGCCCACUGCCCCAAAGCGGAGGUGCUGUGGCUCAUGGGCGCCAAGUCCAAGUGGCUGGCGGGGGAUGUGCCCGCAGCAAGGAGCAUCUUGGCUCUGGCCUUCCAGGCCAACCCUAACAGUGAGGAGAUCUGGCUGGCGGCCGUGAAGCUGGAGUCCGAGAACAACGAGUACGAGCGGGCCCGGAGGCUGCUGGCUAAGGCGCGGAGCAGUGCACCCACCGCCCGGGUGUUCAUGAAGUCCGUGAAGCUGGAGUGGGUGUUAGGUGGCAUCGAGGCUGCACAGGAGCUGUGCGAGGAGGCGCUGCGGCCUUAUGAGGACUUCCCCAAGCUGUGGAUGAUGAAGGGGCAGAUCGAGGAGCAGGAGGGGCAGAUGGAGAGAGCACGGGAGGCCUACAGCCAGGGGUUGAAGAAAUGUCCCCACUCCACACCCCUGUGGCUUUUGCUCUCCCGGCUGGAGGAGAAGAUUGGGCAGCUUACCCGGGCACGGGCCAUUUUGGAGAAGUCUCGUCUGAAGAACCCAAAGAAUCCUGGGCUGUGGUUGGAGUCAGUGCGGCUGGAGUACCGUGCGGGGCUGAAGAACAUCGCUAACACGCUCAUGGCCAAGGCGCUGCAGGAGUGCCCCAACUCUGGUAUCCUGUGGUCUGAAGCCAUUUUCCUUGAGGCGAGGCCCCAGAGGAAGACCAAGAGCGUGGACGCCCUGAAGAAGUGUGAGCACGACCCCCACGUGCUCCUGGCCGUGGCCAAGCUGUUUUGGAGUGAGCGGAAGAUCACCAAGGCCAGGGAGUGGUUCCACCGCACUGUGAAGAUCGACUCAGACCUGGGGGACGCCUGGGCCUUCUUCUACAAGUUUGAGCUGCAGCACGGCACUGAGGAGCAGCAGGGGGAGGUGCGGAAGCGCUGUGAGAAUGCAGAGCCUCGGCACGGGGAGCUGUGGUGCGCCGUGUCCAAGGACAUCGCCAACUGGCAGAGGAAGAUCGGGGAGAUCCUCGUGCUGGUGGCCGGCCGCAUCAAGAACACCUUCUGAUCAUCCUGUGUCCAUGGGGUGGGGCCUUGGAGCGGCACCUGGCAGAGACGGGGAACGGCCUCCACGCUGUCUGUCCUCCUUCAUUAAAGAGUUUUUAUGUAGCCGUCA